AUGGGCCCCUUCUUCCAAAAACCAACCUUCCUAAUCGGCCUCCUCAACCUCACAGCAAUCGGAGGCGCAACAUACCAUCUCCGGUCCCACCUCGUCUAUAACCUCGAAGAACAGGAAGCGCGCUUGGAUGAGAUUGAGGGUACGUUACGGGGCCAUAUUGGGUUGAUUGAGGAGAGUCUUGAUAGGUUGGAGGGCAAGGGUGGGGAGAGGGGAGCGAAGAUGAAGGCAUUGUAUGAAGCGAGAGGGAGGGAUGAAAAGGAGCAGAAGAAGUGA